AUGCCGCUCGGUAUUCUAGAUGACGACAAGCUCGAACACAUCCCGGGAACAGCCCCCCUCAAUGGUCUUGACAGCACCAAUGCGUAUACAGGGGUUGAUCCCGGCCUUUUGAAACAUGAUCCUACGGGUCAGAUUGUUCUGGUUCCUCAGCCAUCCGAGUCUCCCAACGAUCCGUACAACUGGCCUCGAAUGAAGAAAGAGCUCUUCACCCUCACCUUUGCAUGGGGUUGUGGAUGUGUCGGAGCUGUCGGCCCAUUGCUCGGAGGAGCAUUCGUCCCUCUCGCGAAGGAAUUCGGCGUCUCGCUUUCAACAUUUAUAUCUGCCGUCCAGGGUGGUACAAUCGCCGCUAUCGCUGUGGGAAGUCUAAUUUUCAACUCCCUGGCGGUGAAAUAUGGCAAGCGUCCAGUCUAUCUUGGAACAACAAUCGGUUUGAUGGUUUCAUGCUUCUGGGCAGCCGAGGCAGGAAGCUUCCAUUCUUUUGUUGCAGCUCGUGUGGUAUGUGGGCUUUGCAUGGCGCCUAUGGAGGCUUUGGUUCCGGCAUCUAUUGCCGAUAUAUGGUUCGUGCAUGAGCGUGGAUUCCGCACGGCUAUCUUCAAUUUAGGCGUUCUUGGUGGAAUCAAUCUCGCUGUGCCAAUCGCUGCCGCAAUCAUCGAGUACAGUUCCUAUCGAAUCGCCCUGCACGCUAUGGGUGGUGCCUUUGGUCUGGCACUUAUCAUGAUCUUCUUCUGGAUGCCUGAGUCAGCGUACGCGCGAGAAGCUUUGAACAUCGACACUGGUGACACAAACGUUGUGGUCGAAGGAAAAGGGACUUUAGAACAGCUCGAACACACUCCCAGCGCCGGAAUUCAGCAAUCCGAGCCGCGAACAUCAUAUACAAAGGAACUGCUUCCAUACAGUGGUUAUGUUAACCAUGUCUCCUUCUGGAAUACCAUUAUCAGGCCAUUCUAUCUGGUAGCAUCGCCACCUGUUCUAUGGGCGAUACUUCUUUUCACUACGUGCAUCUCGUGGCUUGUUGGUAUCUCUCUCACUCUGUCCCAAAUCUUCUCGGCACCGCCAUACAACUUUUCCGUUGUGGGUGUCGGUGCGACGAACUUGUCUUCGUUUGUUGCAUCAGUGCUUGGUACUCUGACUGCUGGUCCUCUGAUUGACGGAUUGGCGACGCGAAUGUCGAAGAUGAAUGGGGGAAUAUUCGAGCCGGAAUUCCGUCUGCCCAUCAUGGUGACCUAUCUAUUGUUCACGUCUACAGGCUUCUUUGCUUGGGGUCAAUCCUCGUAUGUGCAAGACCCGUGGCCCGUCCCCGUGAUUGUGUGCUUGGGCUUGAUCAAUUUCGGCGUCCAGUUGGGCACUACAGGCGUAGUCACAUACGUUGUUGACUGCCAUCGUGAGAAAGCUGGUGAAGCUUUUGCUGCAAUGAACUUCAUCAAGAAUCUCUUUGCGUUCGGCUUGUCAUUUUACAUCAAUGAUUGGAUUGACCAGCAAGGAGUUCGCGACUGUUUCUUCACCAUUGGCGGAAUCACCAUGGGUGUCACCCUCUUCACUAUUCCUAUGUAUAUCUUUGGCAAGCGAGCUCGAAGCUGGGUGCAUAGACACGGGAUUGCGGAUCGCCUGUAA